AUAGGAACUUAGUAUUAAAAAGCUUUGCCCGUGUAUAUGUAUAAUUUCUUUUUUGCCUUGAGCAAGAAGCUCAAAUUAUGGUUUGGACUAGUGAUAUUAAUAUUAGCUUCAUACGCGAAUUUGGGUGAAGGAGCUAGAAUAUUAGCAGUUUUUGCUUUCCCUGGAAAAUCUCAUUUUAUGAUGACAAAAGCUAUAAUAAGUGAAUUAACGCGGCGGGGUCAUGAGAUAACUUUAAUAACAGCAUUUCCUAUCAAUGAAAAGCUUUCUAAUUAUAAAGAAAUUCUUAUAGAACCAGUUUAUGAUUUCUGGACUGACAUAACAAAGCAUUUUGGUGUUAAAACAAUAUUUGAUCUAAGUGAACUGGAUGUAAUUGGUUAUAUGAAAAUUUUAGAAAUAUUGGGAGUAGCAACAACUGAUCAUGCUUUGAAACAACCUAAAGUACAGGAAAUAAUCAAUGCUUCUGAUACAAUAAAUAAAUAUGAUUUACUUUUGGCAGAGCAAUUUUAUCAAGAAGCAUUUCUACCUUUAGCUAUUAAGUAUCAAAUACCUGUGAUAACAGCAUGCACAUUUGGUUAUGCAAAUUUUCAAAGUCAAAUGAUGGGUGUACUUACACCAUGGUCAUUUGUACCACAUACGUUUAUGCCACUUGACGAUAAAAUGACAUUUAUAGAAAGAAUUUAUAAUACUGUUUUCAGCCUUUAUGAAGAUUAUUUUAGAGAAAUUAUUUAUUUUCCACAACAAGACGAACUUGUAAAGAAAUAUUUCUCACAUUUGCCAAUUGAAAUUCCUUCUGUUUCAAAAAUGGAAAAAAAUAUUUCAUUAAUGCUUCUUAAUAGUUAUAUACCUCUAAAUACUCCAAGGCCGGCAGUACCAGCAAUGAUCCCUGUGGGCGGUGUUCAUAUUUUAAAACCAAAACCUCUUCCAAAAGAUAUAAAAGAGUUUUUAGAUGGUGCUGUGGAUGGUGCAAUUUACUUCAGCUUAGGAACAAAUGUCAGAAGCGCUGAUUUGCCAAAAGAAAAAUUGGAAUUUAUAUUAGAUGUUUUUAAAAAUAUGAAACAACGUGUUGUUUGGAAGUGGGAAGAUGAUAAGAUACCUAAGCUUCCACCAAAUGUACUCGUAAAAAAAUGGUUGCCACAAAAUGAUAUUUUAGCUCAUAAAAACACUAAAAUUUUUAUUACACAUGGAGGUCUAAUGGGUACUCAAGAGGGAAUUUAUCAUGCAGUUCCAAUGCUGGGAAUUCCAAUUUAUUGUGAUCAAUCUAUGAAUAUGAAAAAAGCUGAAAAAUAUGGUUAUGGAAAAGCAAUAGAAUUUAAAACAUUCACAAGAGAAGAUUUUGAAGGAACUUUAAAUGAGCUAUUGAACAAUCAUUAUUACAGGGAAAAUGCUGAAAGAAUAUCACAAAUAUUUCGGGAUAGGCCCAGGACUGCAAUGGAAAGUGCAAUGUAUUGGAUUGAAUAUGUCAUAAAGUAUAAAGGAGCACCACAAUUAAGGUCGGCAGGAGCAGACUUGCCUUGGUAUAAUUUUUAUUUACUAGAUAUAUUGACGAUAUUGGUUUUAGCACCUCUUUUAACAUUUACUGUUUUGUUAAUAAUUUGCUAUAAAACUAUAUUUAGUAGAAAGAAAAAUGUAACAAUUGUGAAAAUAAAGAAAAAAUAA